AUGGAGUGGUGCUCGUACUCUCAUCGGCAUCAUCAUCAUCAUCACCACCACCACCACCAUGCGAAGGGCGCGUCGAUGCGGCUGGAGAACAUCGAGGAAGAGCGUCCCGCGAGCUGCCUUCCGGUUUCCCUGCGGCCUCCGGAGACGCCCACGGAGGCCAUGGAGUUCCUCGCUCGGUCAUGGAGUCUGUCCGCCGUGGAGAUCUCGAAGGCCCUCACCCUGUUCGAGAACAGAAAGCCUUCGGAUUCCACCGGCGUCCAGAGGCAGAACAGCAACCCGCCGUUGUCUGCUGCGAGAGAAGAGAAUCCAGCAGUAGAGCUUAAACUACCAGUUGCCGACGAAGGAGUCGGCGUCAGCCCUCCGAUCUCUCCGAGAGACAACAUCGAUCUCAAGCUUCUUAGAGGUGCGGCGAGGGGGAAGACGAUGGGAGGAUGGUUGAAGGAUCAGAAGGAGAAGAGGAGGACAGAAGCCCGGACACGGAAAGCCCAAGCAUACGCCGCGACCUCCGUCGCCGGGGUCGCAGCUGCGGUUGCUGCUGUCGUCGCCAGCGCCGUCUUCUCGCCGGAUGCGUCAAGAACCAACUGUGGCAACAAGAUCACUGCGGCCAUUGCCUCCGCGGCGGCGCUCGUGGCGUCGCACUGCGUGGAGAUCGCGCAGACGAUGGGCGCCGCCCAUGAUCAGAUCUUGAAGGUCGUCCACUCUGCAGUUGGUGCACAGACCAGUGGCGACAUCAUGGCGCUCACUGCAGGAGCUGCAACAGCCUUACGAGGCGCAGCGACAUUGAGGGCAAGGCUUUACAAGGAGAUUCAAGGUGCAACAGCAGCUGGGGACGACAAAGAAUCAUCAGAUGGAUGCUCAUCAGCCUUAACCUUUGUAGCCAAAGGUGGAGAGCUCGUCAAACGCACAAGAAAAGGUAUUCUUCAUUGGAAGCAAGUUUCAGUAUACAUAAACUCCAAUUGGCAGGUGGUUGUCAAAACAAAAAGUACACACAUGGCUGGGACCUUUGUGAAAAAGAAGAAAUGUUUUGUAAUUGAUGUUUGCACCAACAUACCAGCAUGGCCUGGAAGAGAAGUGGAAGAUGGAAGUGAUCAGAGGGCUUACUUUGGGAUCAGAACACCAGAAAGGUUAAUCGAAUUUGAAUGCAAAAAAUGUGAUAAGGGAAUCUGGAUUGAAGGCAUCAGACAAAUGCUAGAUUGCCGUGCCAACAUGAACAUAGCGAAGGCGAUGUAAAAAUAAUAAUAAUCAAGCACUUGUAUAAUAAAAAUGGUUAACUGUGAAUGACAAGAUCGGUUUAAUAUUUACCUUAAAUACCAAUAAAUGCAAUUUCAAAUU